AUGUCGAGCACAAUUUCAAACCACGGAGUUAUAUUCGAUCGGAAAUGCCAGUGCAGGAGUAAAUCGGGAAACGACUUACAAUUGCUGAAUACGGAUAACGUGACCAAUUACGGAUUGAUGAGGACAGGCAGAUGCAAGGGAAAUGCCUAUCCACCAACACUAAAGAUAAAAACCUUUAUCAACUACGGAACUUUGAUGCUCCACAAGUGCCCCUGCAACUCGGCACUCCUUCAAAUCAACCAUUUGAUCAAUUACGGAACCCUGAUCAACUGCAUGAGCACCUGCAAGUUGAGCAAAGAAAAUGAGCUGAAGGAACACGUGGAAUCCAAUGAAAUGAAUUUGCCUGACCAGGAAUCACUAGAAACACCAUUGGACCUGAGUGCAUCAAGUAGUUUAGUUUUAUGCCCUGAGGAAAUUACGAAAUUUGCAGACUUGCCAAAGGAGUGCAACGAAUCACGUGAUGUUUCAUCAAUGGAAUGUACAGUUUCACCAAACAAACCACUAAAACGUUCUCUGGAAUUCGGAGAACCCAGCGGAAAUUCGCCAAAAGAACUUGCUUUGAACACGGUAUUAAAAUCGAUCUACAAAUCUUCGCAACACGAUAAGGGAUCAUCGAAGGAGUGUGCCAUUUCGGAGCAGACCCCAUUUGUAUUUCAAAUGUGUCCUAGUUGCAUCAAAUCUUUUCAAAAUGAUAUAAAUGAUCCGAAAAACGUUCCAUUGCUACCGAAAAUAAGGAAAUUUAAGUGCCCUUACUGCCUGAACACCAAGGCCAACCAGGUGGAGUACAACGCUCACAUGGCCAUCUGUCAGCAGGAACCGAAGCCUUACAAGUGCCAGGGAUGCCCCUACAAGUCCACAAAAUCAUUAAGUGUUACUGGACACUCUGCUACAUGUUUCUUUCUGCAUGUCUUAAGAUACCACCAAUCCCUUUGCGCUUCUUUAAAACAUUGCAGCAACUAA